ACGAAUGGAGCCAAGGCCUUGGUCUUGAAGCUUUGAAACCCCUGCAAUACGGGCCGAUGAAGAAGGACGUUCCAAGGCGGGAUGUAGGAGCCUAGGCACGCCGUGAGAAGGUUUACAGCCGAACGAGCGAGCGGAUGUCUCUCGCUUUAUGAAAGCCGCCUUGGCGGAAUCCCUUUACGUCGCAGCCUCUCCGCAAUGUCAUAUCUUGGCUGUCGUUGUCGUCUCUUGGCUGUCGUUGUCAUCUCUUGGCUGUCGUUUAACGGUUGGAAAAAGAAGAGUGAGGUUACACAUCGGGUGUCUGGAUCGACGGUUGGAGAAUAAACUACUUUACCUGAAGAUGGUGGCGGCUGCCGUGGUGGUAUCGUGGUGCUUGGCUGGACGCCCGCGCCGUUUUCUGUCACGGUCUUUUCUGUCUAUCAAUCGCCCACAGAUACACACCACACCCUCAUUUCCCUCUGCCAGCCACUUAACCCGUCCGCCUUCCCGUCUUGGCUUUGGUUCGAGACGAAGUGGCUUGCAUGGGUUGUAGGGUGUAUCUGGUAUGCCGGUAAACAAAAUGACAGGCAACCUCCAUUGCCUAUCGUUGCCGUCACGAUUUGGUUGGUUGGCCGGUUUGAGGCGAAAGACGUUACGUGAACGACAGAC